AUGGCGCAAACGCCGCCGGUCCCGGUGGCUCAACCGCCGGAAUUGGAUGACUCUCCACCCCUAGAGACAAACGAAUGGGCUUUUGAGGAGCCGGAGAUUGAAUCUGACGUGGAGGACGAGCCAGAUGCCGCUGAUGAUAGACCAAGAGUCAAGAUCCCGAAGGAACUUCGCAGGGAACCCUGUCGUGAGUGGCAACUCGCUUUGAUUAUUAAGUACUUAGGGAAGAACAUUAACUUUAAUGUUUUAAACCAAAGGCUCCCCAAUAUCUGGGGAUUGCAAGGGCAUCUCCACCUUAUAGAUAUUGGGUACGGGUUCUUCGUCGCUCGGUUUGAUAACAAGACGGAUUACUUGCAUGUGUUGCUUGACGGGCCAUGGAAAAUAUUUGACAAUUACUUGGUUGCCCAAAGGUGGCAGCCGGAAUUCAAGCCAAAAACCGCAAAAAUAUCCAAGAUGGCUGUUUGGGUUAGACUCCCGGAUCUGCAUGUUGAGUAUUUUAGAGAAGAUGUGGUUAAACUCAUUCUCAUGAAUGUGGGUAAGCCCCUCAAACUCGGUCGCUUGACGACCUCGGUGGCCAAGGGCAGAUUCGCGAGAGCAGCUGUGGAAAUUGACGUUGACAAACCUCUUGUUUCGGAGAUUUGGGUGAGGAACUCCAUUCAGACUGUUGAGUACGAAGGGCUGCACGUAGUUUGUUUUGGGUGUGGAGUGGUUGGUCACAGAGAACAGGCGUGCCCCGUCAACAACCCCAAAGCACCGGAAACUUCUGACAUGGACUUGAAUGAGGCAAACGGUCCCAACGCUGAGCCUCAACAAACUGCCACGACACCAUCGUCUUCUGAAGGCACCACCCAGAGGAGUCGGAAGUACGGCACUUGGAUGUUGGUCACCAUAAAACCAAAAAAGGUUGAUCAGACUAACUACAAUCAUCAGAAGAAGUUUUAUGCGAAUGUUCAUAAAUUUGCUUUGCCCACCCGUGGUAACCAGUUCGAGGCCCUGGGAAUACUCAAAACCCGGAUGUGCCUGUUACAACCUCAUCGAGGAAGAACAAAUCAGCUACGGUCUCCGGCGAGAGACCCCAAGGGUAGUAAAAAUAAGGCCACAAGGGGUAAAGGGAGAGGCCCUAGUAGGGGUGGCUCUAAUGGUGUUGCUGAUGGCCCUAACUUCAUGGCUUCGAGUGCGAAACUUGAACGCCCUGGAGUUUUUCAGUUUGGUAGUACCUCCCGUGAGGCUACUACGAAUGACCAGGUGCCCCCGAACCAGUCGGGUGAGGGCACAUCUUCACGUUUCACGCCCGGGGAGAGCGGUGGCCAAACCUCCCCUUCGGCUUUGAGUUCCCAAUGA